AGAGUGAGCAUUAGGAGCAAACAUCCUUUGCAAUAUUGAUAUUUCCUAACGUUAUCAUAAUUAAGGAUAGAAUGGCUGAACACGGUACGUCUCUACCAAGAAACAAAAAUUCUGGACAGCCUUCUGAUCUGAGGAUUGUUCUGGUGGGCAAGACUGGAGCAGGGAAGAGUGCCACAGGAAACACCAUCCUGGGGAGUGAGGCCUUUAAAGUGUCUCCCUCCUUAAUAUCUGUUACUAUGAAGUGUCAGAAAGAAGAGGGAGAUGUAGAUGGAAGGAAGGUUGUAGUGGUAGACACCCCAGGUGUUUUCGACACCUCAUUCUCACUAGAGGAUAUGAAAGAGGAGAUAGUCAGGUGUAUUAACAUGUCAGUUCCAGGGCCUCAUGUGUUUCUAGUGGUGGUUAAACUGGGGGGAAGGUACACAGAGGAGGAGAUGAAAACUAUCAAGUGGAUCCAGGAGAACUUUGGAGAAGAUGCUACACCAUAUACCAUCUUCCUCCUGUCUCAUGGUGAUGCCCUUAAAGGGACAGAUGUAGAUGAAAUCAUAAAAGCAUGCAGACCGCUAAAUCAGCACAUAGCUUCAUGUAAAGGAUAUCACUGCUUCAACAAUGAUAAUCAGGACCACACUCAGGUGACUGAGCUGUUAAAGAAGAUAGACCGGAUGGUGAAGGGGAAUGGAGGGAAGCACUACACCAGUGAGAUGUAUGAAGCUGCUCAGAAGAGGAUCAGAGAGGAGGAGGAGAAGAUGAGGCAGAAGGAGGAGAGGAGGAAGCAGAAGGAGGACAAACUGAGAAAAGAGGAGGCUGAGGAGAGCCUGGGAGGCAUUGAAAACAAAACUGUUAGCAGGUGGUACAGGUGUGGGUGGGACUCUUGCCAUAGUUGGGACUGCAGCGUUAAUCGUGACUGAAGUUGGGAUGAUUGCGUCUUUAAUGGUGGGUGGGGGACUUGCAGUUGCUGCUGGAGCUGGUGGCUGGUUGGCAUUUAACAAAAUAAAAGGUUUAUGGAGAAGUAGGCAAACAAGUGGAUAUGAAAC